GGCGCUGAGAGCAGCUGAAUUUUCGUCUGCUUUAUGAAAUGUUUUAGCUUGUUCCAUUUAAUAGGUGUAGAGAUAUGAGCUUAAGAGCUAUCUGCAUUGUGAAUAUUCCUCACAGCCGUGCACCGAAUGUAAUCUAUUACAGAAUAUUCCCCACGAGUGAAAGACGGGCGAAGAAGAAACAUGGAGACCUUUACGCUCCCAUGCCACCACACGCGCUUUUGGCAACUGCUCUAGUGGACACCCUGUGUUUUCAACAGAAUGAGUUCAAAGAGUGGCGAGACGGAGCAGAUGUGACCACACAGUUGCCAGCCAUCGAGCUAAGGACCAAAGAAGGUUCGCUAUGGCCAUUUGUAUUUGUCAAACAGCAAGGAACCUACUUCUGCUGUAUGCCACUAGUAGAAACUGCAUUCCAACCUAAGGAAAGGCCAGGCCUUUUAACCUUGCCAUCGGUGACGGCGGCAUUUUCGGCCAUAAUGGCGGUCAUUGGAUUUCUCGGCAGACCGCUCGGUGGAAUUACGGAGGACUUGCCAAAAUUAUCGGAGUUGGACACCUUCCUCUCUGUGGCAGCCCCAUUUGGUCGUCUGCAAGUUACGGAGCCGUCUGUUGUCACAGAGAUGAUGGAAAGUCCAGACAUGCUUUAUGACGACCCUGUCAAGGUACCAGCAUGGCGACCUAUGGCCUUCCAAGGGAAACCUUCGGUCAGCGUGAGCAUAAAAGAAGUAGUGCACUCUACGCAGUGUGACAGAUCCGACAUGCAGCCGACGGUGAGCAUAUCUGGAGAAGUGAAAGUUCACUGUGAACUGGAAAGAGCACAAGUGCUGCUACACUUGAAGUGCCCAACGACCAAGCUCACCCCAGGGAACCCUGAUGCGGUUCUGGUGCACCCCUGCGUCACUGUUGGCUCCAGCCUCCAGGAAGUUUGUAGCUCCGGUGAAGAGAGCGCCGAGAAGACUUUCCGUUUCUCGCCCCCGAAUCAUCCUUUCGUUCUGUGUCAUUACACAUUUUCUCGGCUCUUUUACCCACCUGUGCUCGGCUUUUACUCCAUGCGGGGCGACAAGAAUGUCGAGUUUCAGUUACAACUAAAACUUCAAGACGGAAUCCGAAACUCCUUCGAAGCCUUCGAAGUCAAGAUCCCGUUUUAUAAUAGGGGUCACAUAAAGAAGUCGAGUCUAACUCCAAGUUAUGGCACAGUUUUCAUGUCUAAGGACCGAUUCAGUCUUAUGUGGUCAGUCGGAACCAAGUUUGAUAACAAGUCGUACGAAGCGUCGCUCAGCGGAAGCGUUACUUUUGAAGAGGAUGGGUCAGCGGCGGAACCACGCAAUCCCAUUUGCAACGGGAAUACCUGUUUUGUGCAGCUUUAUUUCAGAAUGCUGGACUACACUGUGAGCGGACUUAGAGUUGACCCCAAAGCUGUCCAGGUGGUGCCACCAUGCAAAGUGAAAGUCCACGCGGAUCGUCGCACCGAAACGUACGAAUACAAGAUUUGGAACAAGUUUGGUGAACUUCCCUUUGCAGUGCCCAAGAUGACUUGAAUGGCUUAUUGGGAGGCAGAAACGUGGCCAGACGCGCAGCCAUCUGGGCAUUUGGGGGUACCACCGUAAGAAAAUGUCCCAGGGUUUGGAAUGGGAUUACGGAAAAAUGGUCUACCUCGAUAACACUCCCACUAUGUGGCUCUUUACUACAAUGGCUCAAAUGCUUCGCCAUUGGAUACACAAGUGUGGAAAUAGCCAUUUGGGCACUUGGGAGUAGUACCACGCACCGAGGACAUUUCUCACUAUUUGAAUGGGAUUGUAGAAUGAUAUGAGUUCCCAAUAUGUGCCUGGUUACUAACAUAUACAGGGUGUUGCACGAGAGAGUGACCCCUAAUUAUUUUUUAAAAACCUGCUUGAGAUAAAAAUGGGAAACCUUCUGCGUGACACUUCUGAAGGUUUUUGCCACCCAAACGACCAGUUUUCAUGAGAGUACCUUAUUAAUUUGGGUAAUUAAAUUAAUCGAACUCUUAAUUGAAGCUAAUUAGACUAAUCAGUGAGGUACACUCAUAAAAAACACCUGUUUGGGUAGCAAAAUCCUUCACAAGUGUUGUGCGCAAGUUUCUGAUUUUUAUCUCGCGUAGAUUUUUAAAAAAUAAUUAGGGGUCACUCUCUCGUAUGUCGGACACACUGUUGAUUUUACGCCGGACGUUUAAUAAAUGUGUAUAAAAGGAAAAUAUCCUU